AUGGCGUCCGAAGCUCCACGGAAGAUAAUGCUCAAGCGAAUAGCUCACACAUACUACAAAUACAAAGACAUUGACAAGGCGGUGGCAUUCCUCAACGACUUCGGCUUCACCGAGGAAAAGCGAGUGGGCGACAAGAUCUACUUCCGGGGCUACGGGACCGAGCCUUUCGUGGUGUGCGCCAUCAAGUCCGACAGGGACGCAUUUGGCGGGACGGCAUUUGUGGUGGACUCCGAGGACGAAUUACAGUAUGCAUCCGAGACGCUGCCGAAAGCUACCGGGAUCUACGAGCUUGAGGAUGCGCCUGGGAAGGGCAAAUGUGUGACGUUCUAUGAUCCGGUUGACGGGUUUCCCUUCCAUCUUGUGCACGGGCAGGGACAGCAUAACAUAUUGGAUAUUCCGCUGCCGCAGGAGCCGGUUAACUAUCCCCUGGAGAAGAACCGACCUGUGAACAAGUUCCAGCGGUUCCAGAAACGGCCGGCGCCGGUUCACAAGCUCGGCCACUUUGGUCAUUGCACGACCAACUUUGCCAAGACUUACGAGUUCUACUCGACGCACUUCAAUCUGAUUCCCAGCGACCUUGUUCAUGACGCUGACGGCACCGAUAUCACGGUCUUCUUCCGAUUAAAUAGAGGCAAGGAGCAAGUCGACCAUCACUGCUUUUUCUUCUACCAGGGGCCCGAGUUCCAUGUUCACCACUCAUCGUAUGAGACCCACGAUUUCGACACUCAAGUCCUCGGACACGACUGGCUGCGGGAAAAGGGGUACAAGAACUGCUGGGGCGUUGGACGGCACGUCCUGGGCAGUCAGAUCUUCGACUACUGGUUCGAUCCCUCCGGCUUCAUCAUGGAGCACUACGUGGACGGCGAUCUGGUGGAUGAGACGGAACCUCCGCACCGAUCACAAGCUUCACCCGACAGCUUGCACGUCUGGGGUCCUGAUGUGCCGUCCGAUUUCUUGCAAUGA